GAUUUUAGGGUUUCUCCAAGCCGAUAUUGUCUCCUUCGCGCCUGCGCCUCUCGACCUCGGAGCUACCCGCGGCGUCAACAAUGGUGAAGGGUCGACAAGGAGAACGCGUGAGGUUGUAUGUGCGGGGCACGAUCCUUGGAUAUAAAAGAUCGAAAUCAAAUCAAUAUGAGAACACGUCGCUGCUUCAGAUCGAGGGGGUGACCACCAAGGAGGACGUCGCCUGGUACUGUGGCAAGAGGAUGGCCUACAUAUACAAGGCCAAGACGAAGUCGAAGGGGACGCACUACCGCUGCAUCUGGGGGAAGGUCACACGCCCCCACGGCAACAGCGGCGUCGUCCGCGCUAAGUUCAAGUCGAACCUCCCCCCGAAAUCUAUGGGAGCGAAGGUUAGGGUUUUUAUGUAUCCGAGCAACAUCUGAGGUACCGCCGACUACCUUUUGCUUUAGGUUUUCAGUUUCCAAUUGAUGUCAGUUUUGCCAUGUAGCUGGACUAUGUUUAGCACCUUGUUAUUUCUCAUUUUCUUUUGUUAAGAGAGUUUGAGGCGGCUCUGCGUCACCGUUUGUCCAAUGGUUGGUGGAAUUUGGUGAAGUAUCCGAAUUUGAAUGAGAGCUUGAAUGCAGAUUCUCCGAACGACCGAGCUCGCAUGCUGAGGAUCUGUAUUUGAGUUCUAUUCAAAUUCAUGCUCAUUCUUUUUCCCACUCUAGUCACUAUAUCCCCUUGCGCCGCUAUCCAUCAUCCAGGAACAAAAGCGUUCGGACUAGAAUGCAGUUAAACCUCUCUAGAUAUAUUGCGAUUGUGACUCUUAAAUUCGUUAAGACCUUAAUAGUUAUCUAGAAGUUAUGCUUGUCCUUGUUUAAAAAUUUUGUUUGAGAAAUUAAAAUCGGUGUUUGUGGCUUUUCAUA